AUGGAUCUUGACUGGUGUCUUACUUGCUCUCAACACACUUCGGGUACUUUAUAUUGCUCCGAAGCAUGUCGUAAUCAAGACAUAAAAUAUUCGGCAAAAGCUUUGCUGUCUUCACAAUACCCUUACUCUUUAUAUUCUAAGCCAUAUUCUUCAUAUUCAAUCCCCUUGUCUUCACCAUCUUACUCUCCAUCUUCAUCCGU